AUGGAAAAAGAGAGGUUUAACAAUGGAAAUUCUAUUUUGUUUCUAAUGGCCUGUUAUGAAACUACAGCAAGCGCUAUGACUUGUAUUGCAUAUAACCUGGCGACAAACCCAGAGUGUCAGGAUAAAUUAAUACAGGAAAUUGACACAGUUCUAGGACAAUCAAACAGAAUCAAUUCUGAGGUGGACGGAGUGAAGAUUCCACCCAACACUGAACUGAUUUUCCCCAUUUUUGCGAUACACAGAAAUCCUAAAUAUUGGCCAGAACCGGAGAAAUUCGAUCCUGAACGGUUUACCCCAGAAAAUAAAGAGAGUCGUUAUCUUUACACGUUUCUGCCUUUUGGACAUGGUCCUAGGAACUGUAUAGGACAACGUUUAGCGGGCAUGGACGUUAAAUGUAGCAUUACAUACAUACUUCAACACUACCGGUUUACUAACUGUAGCGAAACGGAGAUUCCCCUCCAGCUGAGAAAAAAUGGCUGACUGAAACCGGCUAAUGACGUUAAACUUAAACUGGAAGAAAGAAAAGUGACACAUUUAAAUAGUGAAACGUAAUAAUAUUUUCGUAAUAUGUAUACUUGUGCUCUGUACUUUAUAAUAUAACAUUUUGCAUCUU